GCGGGUCUCUACAUGCAAGUAAACACAAUGACGUUAGCGGGGUAAAGUACCUCGGUCUGCGACACCAACAUCAACAUCACGACAUUCUUGCUUGGGACUUUCAAACAUUGGGUCAUUCAUUUGAGCUCACUCAAAUUUGGCUCUACGAUCACGAAUUAAAGCAUAGAGCCAAACACAGCAGAUCAUAUUGAAAUUUACCAUGGCGCCAUCACUUCUCCUCCUACCUUCUCCUCCCCGCCCUCCAUCCACAUCUACUCUCUCAGCUGCCUAUCGCUCACCAUUAACAUCUGUCCUCACCAAACUCAAACAAUCACCCACUCCUCAAACCCUCAUAGUCGGCCUCGCACUUCCUGUUCUCGGCGGCUCAUCUCCCAACUCAAAGACAAUCGCUUGGACAAACGCUCAAUACCUACUCGCAGGUCUUUACACUCUUACAUCAGUCAUCUGCGCCAAGGAGAACAUUCCCGUUGACGUCGGCGCUGGAAAGGGGAGUGUGGAUGUGCGCAUUGUUCUCAUCGACCAUGAGAGGGGAAGACGCUACGAACCAGAUUUCGAUGGCGGGUUUGAGGCGAAUUGUACGGCUGUAUUGGACUUAGCUGCGUUUGCGACAAAGGUUCGACCAUGGGAGGCUGUUUACCAUCCAAGUUGUGAAGAAGGUUACGAGUUACUCUCUUCGUUUCUCAAGCUUGCAGAUAAGAGGCAAACGUUUACUCAAAGUCAACUCGUGGCUGUUGAAGGUGGAAUCAGUUUGACAGAAGAAUCAGCUUUGUCGCCAAAAGAACAGCAGAAGGGCUUCAACACUGUUUGUCUAGGAGGAACGUUCGACCAUCUUCACCCGGGUCACAAAUUAUUGCUUCAUGCAAGCGUUCUCCUCCUCAACAUCCCUCCAAAAGACUCUGACAAGACAUGCACUCUCGUUGUGGGUAUAUCGAGCGACGAGCUUCUCGUCAAGAAGAAAUACGCUGAAGAGCUUCAAUCAUGGGAUGAGCGCUCUCAGACUGUUCUCUCAUUCCUCUCCACGCUUCUUGACUACGAUACUACAUCUACAUCACCGCCAAUAGAACGAACUCCUGACGAAGCAAUUGCCACUCUACGCGACGGAAGAGUCAAGGUGCGAUGUAUUAUACUUCGCGAUCCGUUUGGCCCACCAAUCCACGAGGAGGAUGCCGAUGCGAUAGUUGUUUCUGCAGAGACACGUAGUGGGGGCAAAGCAAUCAAUGAUCGUAGGGUCGAGAAAGGAUGGAAACCACUCGAAGUUUUCGAGAUUGAUGUUCUGGAUGCUGAUGAGGUUCGUGAUGGCGAAGUGAGCAAAACGAAUGAUUUUGCGACAAAGAUUAGUAGCACUGCGAUUAGACAACAGAGAGCCGAGGCGAAGAGACGGUGAGGCAGGGGAUAAUACCAUCAGAAAUCACCGAUGGCAAUCUAGAAUAUUGCGUUUGCAACCAUUUUAUAUCACAUGUGAUGCUUUUGGUGAUACCUUUUUUGGUAGUGAAUGAAUUGG